UCUACAGCUGAGAUCACGCAAAUUCCUACUUUUUUUUUGUCAGUAUUUCUACGUCCUUUUAGUGGGCAAACUGAGGAAAAACGAAAUUCUAAAAUCCAAAAUUUAUACAAGACAACUUUUAUAUGAAUCUUGCAAACUUUUCAUAUUUCACGGGCAUGUGCAACAUGACGGCAGAGUCCCAGCACUCGCCAGCCGAGGCCAGUCCUGUGGUAUUGUCGCCUAACGUGAGCCUGGACUCCCCGAUUCCUCCACCACUGAACCACCAUGUCCGAUCCAAGGAUGGUGUUCUCAUCAAAGCUGAGCUUCGGGGCAGCAGUCCAAACACAGACAGAGAGGAAGGUCUUUCACUGGGACAAACCGAGGAGCACCUGCCCGCCACUGGAAGCCGGCGAAGGAAAAGGCCGGUGCAGCGAGGAAAACCACCCUACAGUUACAUCGCCCUAAUAGCGAUGGCCAUCGCCAAUUCACCUGAGAGAAAACUUACCCUGGGGGGCAUCUAUAAAUUUAUCAUGGAGCGCUUUCCAUUUUACCGCGAGAAUUCGAAAAAGUGGCAAAAUUCUAUUCGCCAUAACCUCACCCUCAACGACUGUUUCGUGAAGAUCCCUCGGGAGCCCGGUAGGCCUGGCAAAGGAAACUACUGGACGCUUGACCCCGCCGCUGAGGACAUGUUCGAUAACGGGAGUUUUUUGCGGAGGAGAAAAAGGUUCAAGCGGACUGAUGUAAGCACAUAUCCUGGGUACAUGCAAAGCUCCAGCGCUUUCACCCCCACACCAAUGGGCAGACAGACAUUCCCCAACUCAUUGUACCCGGGUAUGACGUCGGGCUACGGGUCUCAGUUGACUGGAUCUGCGCACCCAGCGAUGCUCCAUCACUAUCAGACAUCGGCCGGGGUCGCGCAAGGUCAGCCCAGGAUAUUCAGCAUCGAUAACAUUAUUAGUCAGCAGACGGUCAUGCAAAGCGGGCCAGGAGGAGACCUCAGCCCACAGUCUUUCGGCCUGGGCGCGGGAGACUUGGGUACCAUGACCUCCAGCUGUUCCGUAUCUACCUCUGACCCAACCUGCUUUCAGACCCAUUCGAUAAAUCCCACAAGUAACAUGCUGAGCAGGAACACCGGAUCUCUUGCUUCAAACAUGACAGCUGGCUUCACUUACCCCUCAUCGGCUUCCCCUACUCACCUGUCCGGGGUCACGCAGUCCAGCUUCUCUCCGGGAGGUUCACAGGUGUACUGUACAGGGAACAGGAUGUCGCUGCCCGCUGUGCGCUCUGGGUCGUGCGCCGAGCACACAGAACCUCUUUUAGGUCUCUCCGGAUCAGCAAUGAACUCCUACAAUAAUUCCUAUGUGAGACAAGCAAAUUUUGCCUCUGGACUGGAGCGAUACAUGUGAAAGAUCGACCAAACUCCUACGCUGAUAAGACAAUUCACUCCUUCAUAAAGGAACUACGUAAAUGAGUGCUCUGACGACUUACGAAUUCGUCUGGAUCUAUUCUGAAAUACAUCACAUUGCUACCGCUCAGGCCCCAUGAAUGAGUUCUUAAUCUUCAUGGGUGUUGAUUGUAUAACAGAAGUUGAAAGUAUCUGCUGUGUUACCUAAAACUAAACAUAAAAAUAACAGUUCUGUUAUUGCAAUGUAGGUUAAUUUGAUACCUUGUUUGUAUAUAUAGGAUCUGUUGAACGAGAAAA